AUGACGAGAGGCUGGCAGCGAGAUCGAGACCGAGAGCGGCUGCCGCGACGGCGCCGGCCAAAGGCAACGGCAAGGACGAUGGCUAGACUGCAGAUCAACGUCGCGAGCGCGACGCCAAAGCUCUGUAGGAGAAUAAGGCCGAGAAGGCAAGAGCGGCUGCUUCCGGCGGGGGCGACGCUGCUGCCACUUCGACGUCGAAAGCCGCGAAGAAGUGACGCGAAGAGAAGAGAAUGACGAUCGCAGUCCUGCGGACGGGUCCAGUCCGCUGUAAUUAAUCUUCGGCGGACGAGCACC